ACUGAAAUUAUAGUUUUAUUUAAAAAAAAAAGAAAAAAAAGUGGAAGCUGAAAUGGCACUGAGCAGAGGAGAAGAAGAAUGAGGAAGGUUCCAUCUGGUUAUCUUCAUGCAGAAGAAAACACGCACUCUAUCCCUCUGUGUUGGCUGUAGAGAGUGAUACGAGCAGAAGCUGAGAGCUUGUUGAUCAGCAGCUCACCUUCCUAGCGACAAGCGAUCAGCCAUGGGCGGUGAGGGAGGUGAACGAGCAAGCUCCGACGGUUCCCUUUCCGAAGGAGAAUGUUUCGUUGAUAAUGAAAUGCCCCAGCUGCCUCCUCGACUUCCGUCCUCUUUGAGGAGCGGUGAGGGUGGAGCAGAGAUUAAGGAUGGUGGCUUGGCGUCUGGGAAUUCUGACGAGUCGAAUCGGGCUUCUCCUCCCGGUGGUUUGGAUUUUGAUGUCAACUGGAGGAGGAGCCAGGGUGCUUACAGAGAAAUCUUGAAGAGUUAUGACGAUACACGGGUUUGUAGAGAGAGUUUGGCUCAGGCGAAAAGCAGAAUUCUUAGCUAUUACCCUGGAGCAUGGAUCGAGGAAGUUGGUGGCACAAAAUCAUCUGAAUAUGAUGUGCCUCGGACAACUUGUCUCAUAUUAAUCGGUCCAAAAGGGUCUGGAAAGAGCAGCCUCAUCAAUAGAAUAUCAAAGGUGUUUGAAGAUGACAAGUUUACAUCAGAAAGAGCCCAAGUAACAUUUAAUUCAUCUGCGGGAGAUGGAACCCUUUUCCUCCGGGAAUACAUGAUUCCUAGAAGGUCAACAUCCUUUUGUCUUUAUGACACCCGUAGCUGGUCCUUGGAUGCCCUAGAGAAUGCUGAAAUGAUAAGACGGUGGAUGCUGAAAGGAGUUCAUGAUGGUGAGCUUGUCAUCUGGGGAUCAGAUGAUCCAGAUUUAAGGAAGAGAAUGAAGUACAAAGCUCGUCAGAAGGGCCACCCAUCCUCUGCAAUCAGAGCCGUUAAUUUUGUUAUCUUUGUUGUUGAUGGCCUAUCAGUUCUCAAAUCAAUGGAGGGGAAAGAUGAUGGAGCAUGUCCAUACAUGGAUAUGGUCGCAACUAUGUUCAACCUUCCAUACCAGUCAUUUAAGGAUGAUAGGCCUGUGGUGGUGGUAACACAUGGUGACUUACUUUCAGUCACGGAUCGUGCUCGUAUCCGUGUCCACCUGGGAGAACGUCUAGGCAUUCCUCCUGCUAAACAAAUAUUUGAUAUACCAGAAAGCUCUGAUCCACUAACAGAGUUCACAAUAAUCGACAUGAUACAUUAUUCCCUCGAGCAUGCAGAUAGAAAUCUUCCUCACAAGAAGAUAUUUUUUCCAAAGAAGGUAUGCAGAGCAUCUACUAUUUUGAGGAUUUUGUACUUCUCCAUCGUAGUUGGGUUCGCCAUCAUCUCAGCCUUUAGGCAUCGAGCACACCACCAUCGGCCCCGAUCAAAUCUUAAUAUCGAUUGGCCUUCGAUGCGACAUAUGUGGCUGGCAUAAUAUAAAUCUCAUCAAUUCCCAUCUCGUUCGAUCUCCCACCAGAAGUUCCUGUGAAUCUAAAAAAAUAAGGGUACUUUUUGUACAGCUAGAGACUGCCGUCGUACUGGGUUCAUGUAUAGCUCGUGCUCAUGUGCACAUAACACAAAACUCAUCUCUGUCUGCGGUAGCUUAUAUGGUUGAGUCGAAUGAAUCUUAGUGCCUGUUUCGUGUUAUGUACCGGUUGUUCGACUUGUAUGAGAAUCAACUGAUGUUUACAAA